GGCCUGGCUGGGCACCGGCACCACCAUGGCCGGCCUCAACAAGUGGAUCUUCGCGGCGCACGGGUUCCGCUACCCGCUGCUGCUCUCGGCGCUGCACAUGCUGUCCGGCGCGGCCGUGGGAUACCCGCUGGGCUGGGCGCGGCCCCCGGGCCCGCGGCCCCGCGCCAGGAUCUACCUGCUCAGCCUCACCUUCUGCACCAGCGUGGCCCUGGGCAACCUGGGCCUGAGCUACGUGCAGCUGGACGUGGCCCAGGCCGUGGCCACCACCACGCCGCUGGUGACGCUGGUGCUGGGGGUGCUGUGGGGCCGGCGGCCGCGCCCGCUGCAGUUCUGGGCCAUGGGGCCGGUGUGCGCCGGGGCCGCCUGCAGCAUCGCCGGCGGCCUCUGCUUCUCCCAGCCCGGCUGCGGCUUCCUGCUGGCCGCCACCGUGCUCCGCGCCCUCAAGUCCAUCCAGCAGAGUGUGCUGCUGCAGGAGGACGGUCUGGACGCGCUGUCCCUGCUGGGCCUGACGUCGCUGCCCAGCUUCGUGCUGCUGUUCGGGGCGGCCGUGGCGCUGGAGCUGGGCCCCUCGUGGCAGGGCGUGCUUCGCCCCGACGCCGCGCUCUGGGGCUGCGUCCUGCUCAGCUGCCUGGGCUCCGUGCUCUACAACCUGGCCACCUCCUGCCUCCUGUCCCUCACCUCGGCCCUCACGCUGCACCUGCUGGGCAGCCUCACCGUGGUGGGCAACCUGCUGCUGUCCCGGCUGCUGUUCGGCACGCGGCUGGGCGCGCUGGGCUAUGCCGGCGUGGCGCUGACGCUGGCCGGGAUGGUGCUGUACCACCAGCCCCGGCUGCUGGCCGCCUGCUGGGGGCUGCGGGGGCUGCGGCGGCACCCGCGCCACCAGUAGGGACUGGGGGGGUCGGGCCAGGAGGGUCUGGGGGAGUGCUGGGCCAGGGUGUGAGUCUGCACUCGCUGUGCCAGGGUGUGAGUCUGCACUCGCUGUGCCCGUGUGUGAAUGCACACGCUGUGCCUGUGUCUGUGACUCUGUGCAUGUGUGUCAGUGUGCAUGGUUCUGUGUGCACACAGGAGCACACGUGUCAGUGUGCACGGCUCUGUGUGCACACACAGGUGCUGAGGAGCACACACGUGUCAGUGUGCACACAGGAGCACACACAUGUCAGUGUGCUCAGCUCUGUGUGCACACAGGAGCACACACCUUUCUGUGUGCACACAGGAGCACACACCUGUCAGUGUGCACGGCUGUGUGCACGUGUGGUUUCUGGCGUGCCCAGAUGUGAGUGUACACGUCCUGCUUUGCACAGUGUAUGUGUGUGCUGGUGUGCACAGCACUGUGCACGUGGAUGUGCUGAUGUGCACACGUGUUGUGUGCACAGCUGUAUGCAUGUGUGUUGAAUUGCACAUGGUGUGAGUGGGUCUGUGUGCACAGCUGUAUGCAUGUGUGUUGAAUUGAACAUGGUGUGAGUGGGUCUGCACAGCUCUGUGCUUGUGGGUAUGCACAGUGUGGGCAUGGCUCUGUGUGGGACGUGUGUGUUGAUGUGUACGACGCUGCACACAUUGGUGUGCACAGGUUCUAAUUGCAAGCAGGUCAGGUGCUUGUGGGCAGGUGUGCAUUGGUACAGACUGUACCUAGGUGAGAGUCUGUGUGGCACAGGUGUGCACAGCUCUGUGCGUGUGUGUGCAGGUGUGUGCUGCUGACAGGCACUGCUGUAACCAGGGCUCUGUGCAGGUGAGCAGGUACCUGUGUGUGUGCACUGGCUCUGCACGUGGCACACCCAGGGGCGUGGCUCUGGAUGCACAGCUCUGUGCAUCCAGCUGCUGUCCCACCUGGGAAAACAGGUGUGUGUGUGUGUGUGUGUGUCUGUCUGUCUGUCUGUCUGUGUGUGUCACUAGUGAGCUCUGCUGGCUGGAGUGGCCCCUGGCUCUCUGUGUACACUCUGUUCUCGUGGAUGAACUGAAUGCCCAGGACAGGGCGGGCGCAUGUCCCCUCUCCUGUCCCCGUCCCCACCGUGUCAUGACAAUCCCAUGGGGCUGCUGGUGGUGCUGCCAGUGUUGUCUUUGUCCCCACCACGCCCCUCAGCCCCCACAGCUGUCCCCACCCCUCCCAGCUCGCUGCAGACUGGCAUCCGUGGCAGAGAUGGUGAGAGCCCAGCCGAGGGGACAGGAGCAGCCUGGACCAGCUGCCAUCGCUCCAGGACAGUGCCGGGCUGUGACACGGGACAGUGCCGGGCUGUGACACAGCACGUGCUCACCAUGGCAAAGGGACAGCCGGUGUGUGUGCCCGGCACCGCUCUGGGGGCCGGGGUGGCCGUUGCCACACUUGUAUCUCCACGCCAGGGCCGAAGGACCCAGCUCUGAUUGCACUUGUCCCAAAAUAAAGCUCUAUUUUUGUUGUACUCC